AUGAGCCGGUCAGCCUUUGUCGUUUUACCCAUCGCGGUGGAUGGAGCGCUAGGUACUGACCAGGACACAGUCGGAAGCAAGGCUGUGACCUUCCGCAGAGUGGCGCUCAUUACGUCCGCCAUCCAGCAGGCGAUACACCAGAAGACCCAUCCUGAGGAGUUCGAGGAACCAAAGCCCGUUGGGGCAUUCAAACAGAUCAUCGUAGUGGUUUCUGGUGUUGAGUUUAUCAGCCGCUUCUUCGGGCCCGCAUCACUGUCCGUCCGUAUCCGGCCCAAGGAGUAUAAAAAGGUUCCAGAGGCAAGACUCAAUGCCACGCUGAAGGACAUCCAUGACUUCGUCCAGUACGCCGUUGUUCAAGGUCAGAGGAUCAUUUUUGAACAGGACCUGCACAAAACGUUCGUGGCAUUCAUCGGAUUCACCGCUCUGUACUGGUCGAUCAAACUCAUGCGCACCUUCUGGCUGGCGCCCAUCGCUCUUACCUUGGUCUACCUCGCGCCUCUUAUCGUGUUCUCAGCAGGAAGGACAGCCGCUCAGGACGGAAACGUGCGUGUCCAGGAGGUGACUAAUACUGCCGUGGACGGCGGCAAGGAGCUUCCACUGAACUGCAAAGCCAAAGCUAGCGAGCUGGCCUCGAGUCCGCAAGAGUGCGCCCGUGCUGGAGAAGAAGGUGCCCAGAAUCUAGCCCAGAACAGUAUCCAUACAGCCAAUGACCUCUUCACUGGGGCUAGCAAUAAUGCCUCGGAUGCUUAUGAACGCGUGAUUGAGAACCUAAAUAAGCUGCCACAGAUGGGCUCGAACAUGGCCAACAAGACUGGAGAUGCUGCGAGCUCAGCUGCGGGGAGUACCAAGCAGUACAUCAACAAUUCUUUGUCCGAUAGUAUCGGCAACUCUAUACCAGACAGCAUCAACGGAACAUUAAGCCACCGAUAUGGGAGUCAUCCGGCACAGGCUUGA